GGUGGGUGGGGGUGGGGCUGGGUCCCUCGCCCUGUGCCUUACCAAGUGCAGAGGGGUAAACAGAGGUGGUGGUGCGGCCCUCACGACUUCCAAGUGCAGGUGGGUAACUGAGGUGGUGGGUGCGGCCCUCACGACUUCCAAGUGCAGGUGGGUAAACUGAGGUGGGUGCGGCCCUCAAGACUUCCAAGUGCAGGUGGGUAACUGAGGUGGUGGGUGCGGCCCUCACGACUUCCAAGUGCAGGUGGGUAAACUGAGGUGGGUGCGGCCCUCACGACUUCCAAGUGCAGGUGGGUAACUGAGGUGGGUGCGGCCCUCACGACUUCCAAGUGCAGGUGGGUAACUGAGGUGGUGGGUGCGGCCCUCACGACUUCCAAGUGCAGGUGGGUAACUGAGGUGGUGGGUGCGGCCCUCACGACUUCCUGCUGGGGGGCUGGUCGGGAGGGGCAGGGCUGGGUGGGGUCUGAGCUCUGCCCCAUGGGUCUUGCUGGGUUGCACAAAGACAUUUGACCUGAGGGGGAAGGCCCAGAGCCUGUGGCUAAGAAACCAGAGAAGGAUCUAAGAUCAUCUUCAAACUCAAAUUCGGAGCCCUCAGAGAUGCUUUAAGUGCCCCCAAACUGGACCCAGAUGUGGUCUAAAACUGACUCUGUGGAAGUGUGUGUAAAUUCUCCGGAUUCCUGUCUCUGCAGGUGAUCACGAAGGAGAUUUCUAGUUCUUUUCCUUCUCCAGGUCCAAGCUCCUCUCCUCAGUUGUCCAGUUUGACUUACAGAUGGUCAUCUCUCAACAUGGGCAUCUUUGUUUCUUUGCGGUCUGUGGAGGGCACUUGGGGAUGACCAGGCCUGGGACUCGUCUCCUCUGGGAAGACAUCCAGGUGCGUUCCCAACGUGGGGUGCACAACCGUAUGUCCCUCCCGCAGUGCUAUCUCAUGAGGCUCAGCGUCUCUGACAGAGCCAACUGGGGACCCAUAGUAGCUCCAUAAGCUUCAAACCGACAUUGGCCCCUCACUGAACACAGCGAGGCCUGUCUCCUAAUGGCAAAUAAUUCAGAAAUAACUUAUAGCACCAGGACACCAUCGUCAGGACAUCUGCUGAGAGCUUGGCUCAGCAGGGGCCAAAAAGCUAUCACGGAGGGCUACGUGAGAAUGUGUUUCCAGAACAAUUACGUGAUCUUAAACCCGUCCCUCAGGCCCUUGGAUAUUUACUUUUCCAGGUGUACUUUUCCUUUCUGUACCAGAAAACAUCCAGUCCUCCCUGCCCUACUCAGAGGCCUUCCGGUUCACAUCACUGUGUGGGAGUCCAGCAGACUGAGCCCUGGGCAGACUGUGCACGUGGCAGCCACCCUGCUUCAUGCUGCAGGUGGCACAGCAGCCCUGGGACAGGUGUGCCCAACUUCCCAGAUCUCCCUACCAUCUUGGGACUGAGUGCAGCGUCCUUUACACUGAAGGGACCAGGCAGUUCCAGAAACAAGUGAGUAAUCCAGUAAGAAGUGUCCUGUGCCCAGUGACACAUGUGGGAGGGCCACGGGGGUGUGUCAGUGACACUGGCCAGAACUGCAGCAGGGCCUCCUGCAGAGGGCCACCCGUCAAGGUCACACUCUGGGGACCAGGAGGGUGGGAUGGUGGAGGCCGACAGGGUGCUGGGUCUGAGUCAGGCGCCUCUGUGUGCUCACGCCAGGGUCUUCCUGCCCACGCUGGUCCCUCGGGCACAGGCCUGGAUAGGCACAGUGCUGCUCUCUGUGCUGUGGGGUCUUGGGACAUGAGGGGGACGUGGUGCUUCAGGGACUCUGUGUGCCAGGGAGAUGCUGGUAGAGACAGAUGUUCACAAUGGAAGAUGGUUGGUGUUACAACAGCACCGAGUCAACAGUGCCACAAAGAUACCAAAGACAGAGCCACCAAUUGCCCUGGGAGAACCAGGAAAGGGCUCCAGAAGUGACAUUUCUCAGUGCCAGGGACAAGUUUCUCCUUUUAUUUCUUUAAUUUUCAGUGACUUGGACCAGAACAAUUUUAAAGACACAUCUUAUAUUAUGGAACAGAUGUUAUGGUCUGUCGUCUUAACACAAGAAAGGGAGGCGUAUCAAACACCCGUCCCUGGUCCCCCAAACCUCAGGAGACUAAGUCGGGUUGGUUCUGACUUAUCUGUGGCUUUCUCUCCUCUCCCACCCGGGCUGGCCUCUCGCCUGUGUCACCCCCUGACAGUGGAGUGGCAGCAUCUCAUGACUUUGUUCUCAAAGGCUUGUCUGCAGCUGCACGUGGAGCACUCAGGACCUGGAGCCACUGGCUCCUGCAUCUUCUUAAAGGGCUGGAGAUCACCCAGGGGUGGCACUGGCCCCAGAGGUGGGAGAAAGCCUGGCAUCCCUGUAGGGACUGCGAUCUGUCCUGGUGCUGCAGACUGCUCCCCUGGACCACAGCCCAGGGUCGCAGGGGCAGCUAUACCUGUGUGGGGUGGGGGCUCAGGGAAGUGUGGCUUCCCCCCACUAAACACCUCUCAGGGUCACAGCAGUCACAGGAUCUGGAAGGGAGCAGAGCCAGAUAAGCUGAAGUCACCAGAAGAGGAUGAGGCCAAACCAACUGCCUCGCUAAGGAAGAGCCUAUCAACCAGAGGUGGGCAUGGGGGCAGGUCUCAGAGACGGCUGUCAGGGCCUAGCUGGGUGGUCAUCAGCAUGGACGAACAGCUUUUAGCUGCCACCAUUAAGGGUCUGAGACAUCAUAAACAUGACAAAUAAAUCAUCAGUAUUUUAGCAGCUG